GUGGAGGCGGGUGCACAGAAUCUGAAGCAGGUUCUAGACUCCAGGCUGUCAGCAUAGAGCCCAACUCGAGGCUCGAACUCACGAACCACGAGAUCAUGAUCUGAGCUGAAGUCGGACACUUAACCGACUGAGCCCCCUGGGCACCCCCUGUUCGGUUUCUUUUGCACAGCACUGUGUUAGUCCUUGUGUGCGUUGAGCUAAUGUCUGCCCACCUCUUACAGGGAGCUGCUUUUUACUCCCAAGAUUUGGUUUAAAGUCAAGGCAUUAGUGAAAUUGCCUUAUUGUCAAAAUCCCUUGGAAAAUUCCUUGAAUCACCCAAUAAAGUGCCGAGUACGUGGUUGGUUGUUUUACUAACUGGCUCCAGGAAUGUUUGUGUGUAUAAAUGCUUAAUGUUCAGAGCAACAUAAUAAGAGCCCGUCCUCAGGGAGGGGGUAGAGUCCUCUGCACAGUACUUGGGUCUGAUCUGUUCCCGCGUCCUUCCAGCCACACGCGUGGGGCCUGGCAUGCGGCGGCCACACGGUGAGCCUGGCUGAGCCAGGUCAUCUCUCUGUAGCUUGCAUGUUCUUGGCUAGCCCUUGCCCUUGGGGUCUUUGCAGAGCAAACUUGGUGGACCUCCAGAAGAAGCUAGCAGAGCUUGAACUCGACGAGCAGCAGAAGAAGCGUCUAGAAGCCUUCCUCACCCAGAAGGCCAAGGUCGGAGAGCUCAAGGACGAUGACUUCGAAAGGAUCUCGGAACUGGGGGCCGGGAACGGCGGGGUGGUCACCAAGGUCCAACACAGACCCUCCGGCCUCAUCAUGGCGAGAAAGCUGAUCCACCUGGAAAUCAAGCCGGCCAUCCGGAACCAGAUCAUCCGCGAGCUGCAGGUGCUGCACGGGUGUAACUCCCCGUACAUCGUGGGCUUCUACGGGGCCUUCUACAGCGACGGCGAGAUCAGCAUCUGCAUGGAGCACAUGGACGGCGGUUCUCUGGACCAGGUGUUGAAAGAAGCCAAGAGAAUUCCCGAGGAGAUCCUGGGGAAGGUCAGCAUCGCGGUUCUCCGGGGUUUGGCGUAUCUCCGGGAAAAGCACCAGAUCAUGCACCGAGAUGUGAAACCGUCCAACAUCCUCGUCAACUCCCGAGGGGAGAUCAAGCUGUGCGAUUUUGGGGUGAGCGGGCAGCUCAUCGACUCCAUGGCCAACUCCUUCGUGGGAACUCGGUCCUACAUGUCUCCGGAGCGGUUGCAGGGCACGCACUACUCGGUGCAGUCGGACAUCUGGAGCAUGGGCCUGUCCCUGGUGGAGCUGUCCAUCGGAAGGUACCCCAUCCCCCCGCCGGACGCCAAGGAGCUGGAGGCCACGUUCGGCCGGCCCAUGGUUGACGGGGCAGAAGGAGAGCCUCACAGCAUCUCGCCACGGCCCAGACCGCCUGGACGCCCCGUCAGUGGCCACGGGACGGACAGCCGGCCGGCCAUGGCCAUCUUCGAGCUGCUGGACUACAUUGUGAAUGAGCCACCUCCCAAGCUGCCCAGCGGUGUCUUCACCCAGGACUUCCAGGAGUUUGUAAAUAAAUGCCUCAUUAAGAACCCAGCGGAGCGAGCCGACCUGAAGACGCUCACGAACCACACGUUCAUCAAGCGGUCCGAGGUGGAAGAAGUGGACUUCGCCGGCUGGUUGUGUAAAACGCUGCGGCUGAACCAGCCCAGCACGCCCACACACACCGCCGUGUGACGGGGUCCCCCUGGCGCCCUGCUCUCCCCCACCACCCGCCCGUCUCCGGGGAGGGCGGCCCUGCUCCUGGCGUCUUCUCAGACCUGCUUCCUUAGGUUCAAAACAAAACAGGGAAAGAAAAAGCAAACUGU